CAUGUUGUGGUGACCUUACUUAUAUACAACGCAAAACAAUUCUUGAAGUGGCAUGGGUCCUUCUGUACAGACAUGGUUGCGAUCCUGUAUUUCGUGUUUAGGAUUAGUAAACUGCAUCCUUGCACAACUCAUUGGUGUUUUACCCCAUGGGAUCAAUGGUCUCCAUGUGACGCAACAUGCGGUCCAGGAAUCCGCCAACGUUAUCGUGCAUGUUACCCUUUGCACGCUGUAUGCAAUGGGACAGUCACAGAAACCGAAAAAUGUCAACUGAAAACCUGCCCCAAUGUGGGAAUUUGGAGCGUAUGGAGCGAAUGGGCUCCGUGCACUCGGCGUUGCGGAAUUGGAACCAUGAGUCGCACUCGCUCUUGCUUGUCAACUCAAGGAGUUUGCAGUGGCGGCAAUAAGGAAGUGAAACUCUGUAAUACACACGCUUGUAAAGCUACUGGCGGCUGGAGCGCUUGGGGUGAAUGGAGUUCGUGUUCGUCAAACUGCGGUCCAGGAGUACGAUAUCAGGACCGGACAUGUGAGGAUCCACCGCCUUCCAACGGUGGUCCGGCUUGUCAUGGUGCCGGAACACGAGUGGCACACUGUUUUGAAAAGCCCUGUUUAGAUGAGACAACAUCGGUUGGCGUUUUUAAUGGAAACUCCUUUCUGCUUUAUCCGAAAACGAUGGUGCUGAAACGCAUGCUGACCAUGUAUGUGAAAUUCCGUCCAGACCAGCAGGAUGGAGUCAUCAUCUACCGACAUCAUGGGAACGAUACGUCUAGAACACGCAACGACACCAUUAUUCUGCGACUGGAGAGCGGAAUGGUGGAUUUGUUUAUUCAGUUCGGAGGGAUCUCCCAGUGGUUGACCGUUCCAUUUCCGCUCACAAUGAAACAAUGGCAUGAUGUGUUCGUCACCUUUGCUGGCGCCAAGGUUGCCAUGCGUGUAGACAACGGACACCCGAUCGACUACUCAUUUCCCAAUCUGGAAGUGGAGAACGUUGAUCUUGAUCAGCACAUGUUUGUCGGAGGACUCAGUCCGCCAUUUGUUCUGAAGACGAAGAUCUCCUAUCCAGGUUUCAUCGGCCAUGUGGCAACAGUUCGAAUUAAUUAUGAAGACUACUUUAUUGAGCCUCAUACAGGCCUUGCUGUCAGUGAGGAAUCCAAUCGCCCAAGUUUCUCUCAUGACGUAGAGUUGACCGAGAUGGAUUCCGAUCAGUUGUAUCCAAUUUUCAACGGUGACGACUAUAUUACGUUUCUGUGCAAAGACUGCCAUGGUAAACCGAACUUGGAAGUGGAGAUUGUGAUUAAGCCUUUCCAGACGGACAAUGGACUGAUUUGGAUCAGUUACGGAGAGGAGCCUGGUUCAUUUGUCGCGCUGUAUUUCAGGAAAGGUUCGAUCUUUCUGUGUAUGAAUAUGGGGCUCAAGAAAAGAUGCACGUCGACCGAAGUCGUACCGAAAAACGAAUGGCUCGCCAUUAGUUUUGCCCUUUCCGGUAUCCAGAUAAAACUCAGACUGAAUCAUGAGCGAGCCCAAAUAUUGGUGGCGGAUGGUCAUCAGUUUGUUGCACGAUCAUUUUUACAUUUUGCUGGGGGAGAACAGGAGUUGUGGUCAACAAUUUACAUGAUGACUCGUCAAACACGAGGUUUCGAAGGCAUUCUUUUUAGCUUGAAGAUCAACAAAAAGGUCUACGAUGUCAGGAAUAAUGUUGGGAUGCGAGAAACUGGGCGCUUGGUUAGUUCUGAAACUACAAGUGUGGCAGCCAGGUACGACGAAUACCAUGAACCGCCUGUGACCGAUUUGGAAUUCAUUUGUGACCUUUCCGAUUACGUGGAUCUUCUGGAUGGCCAGCAAGCGUAUUUGUUCUGGCUGAAAGAGUCAGAGAUUAUUCAGAAUUUUACCGGGAUCGAGAUUCAAAAGGUGCCUGGGAUGAAACAUUCUUCAAAAAUGUCCGUCCGCAGCAUAGAAGCCAAUACGAAGGACGGAUUUUAUGGAUGUUUACUUCGCACUGAUCAUCAUGAAAUAUUGACUCAUGUCUUUGGUGUCAGUUUUGAUGACGCAAAUGAAACUGAUAUCGUGGAGGUUGCGGAGACUGCAGUUCUAGCCAUUGUUCUAGGACUCUGCUUAUUUGUUAUAAUAGCUCUCCUUGUUCUGCUGAAAUUAGGAUGUUUGAGAAGAUUUCCAUCUUACAACGCCAUUAUUCGGCAUUUACCUAGCUGGUUCACCGAAGGUCACCGAAAAGACUUUCUUCGCCGCCAUUCAACCAGCCUGAAGAAAAGCGGAAUAUACAACCCGGAGGAAAUUCACAGGGUUUUAACUAUGCAACAGAAGUCCAUUCAAGCGUCUUCCGAGUUUCCGCGCGGGUUUGGACGUCAGAGCGUUAAUCCACCUUCAACGAUGGCUGAUGCUCCGCGGGGAAGUCGAACCUCUCGACCUAGCUUGCAGCAAUCCGUUAACGAGUUUAUACCGCCCCCGGUAACGGACGCACUGGCGGAGAAUACGCCAUUACAAGCGGAAGACAAUAACCUGCUGGCGUAUGAUCCUGAUUCCGACUACGAAACGCCGAUUGCCAGACAGCAGUCAGAAGGAACAUUUUUUCCGCCUCCGGUAACUGAACCGUACAGGCGCAGCACGAGGAUAUCGAUGCGAGUGCCAGACCAUGUGCGCAAAAAUCCGGAUGCGUUUUUGCCUGUAGGGUCACGAAGCGGCAAUCGCAAUUCAUGGCAGCGAUCAAGCAAAAAAUUAUCCAUAAUACCGGAUACUGGCGAAUCGGAGUUGACUCAGUCGACCGAGCCUACCAGUGUUACUCCAUCACUUGUGGUCAGCCAAAACGAGGAAAGCGGAACAGGCUCAGAGACCACGCGUACCAUUGACAGCGCAUCUUCCAAAAAAGAUUCCUUACCUCCCACUAAACGCUCUGCCCAGCAUCACCCGCCCAGAAACGAGGGUCCUAAUCAGCUUCUCGGGGAAAUACCGCCCGGGCCGGCUACAGCAGACCAACCGCAACCCUUCCAGUACACUAAUCCACAGUGGCCGUACACUGCAGCUAAUAACAAUAUUGGUGCUAACCAUCUGGUCCAACCUCAACCUGGAUAUGCACCAGGCGGGACUGGCGGAUACACACACAACGUGAACGUUCCAGUUGGUCAGAUGCCCUAUGCCGGUCAGACACACUUUCCACCCCCGGCACUGCAAAAUCCAGUUUCGGCUCCCUACGCUCCUCAAUGGAGAGCCCAGGAGCCGGCAUUCAUGGGUUAUCCAAUGCAGCCGCAGUCAUCUGCUUAUCCUCAAACUCCUGGGUAUCCAAAUCAGCAGCCAACGCGGCCAUUUUUUUACCAGUGAGAUUAUGAUUUUCUGACACAAGCAGGGAGCAAGUUCCAAACUACACGUGAAAAGAUAUUCUUGUGUCACUAGUUCAUCCUUAAAUUAUGUACUGCCGCUGUUAUUCCUCUGAUUCCGCGCAAAAUUAAUUCUAUUCAAAAUGCGCAAGUUAACGCUAAAAUUUCAUGUUUUAAUUUUGUAUACUUGUACUUACUUAUAGUGAAAUUCACAACUGCAUAAUAAUUAAUUUUGAUCUCUUAUUUGCCGCAACG